CUGUGGUCCUCUGAACCCUCCAAAUUGGAACUGAACCGAAACUUUGACACACACUAUCAAUUCCAUGCGCUUUUCUUCACUUUGUCUGGAGCCAGACACCAACCCCAAAACAAGCCCAAUUCGAAUACUUUUAUGCCCCUAUGAUUCACUGAAUGCCAUUGUACGGCAUUACAAUAAUCACCAACAAUCAACGACCCAAGAAUGUAGGAACCUUAAUUUGCACAAAUCCCCAGUUGGGCGUCUCAAAACGAUUGUCGUGGUCUUUUUGUCUUGCAACUGGUAGUUUUCCAUCUGGGUUUUUUUUUUUUUUUUCUCAAGUUGCUGAAAUUGGAGUAUGGAGGACGAUAAGUACGCUAAGGAGUUGGACGUGGCCGUUAGAGUGGUGCACAUGGCUUGUGCUCUGUGUCAGAGAGUUCAAGAGGGUUUGGUUUCAGCUAGCACUGACCAGGUGAAGUCCAAAGACGAUGAUUCCCCUGUAACAAUUGCAGAUUGGAGUGUCCAAGCCACUGUUAGCUGGAUACUAUCUGAAUUCUUUGGGAGUCAAAAUGUAUCCAUUAUUGCUGAAGAAGAUGUACAAACUCUCUCUGAGGCUGACUCAGUAGGUUUGCUGCAAGCUGUUGUGAAUACUGUGAAUGAAUGCUUAGCUGGAGCACCUAAGUAUGGUCUUGAAGGUCCAUCAAAAGCCCUCACGACAUCUCAAAUUCUUGAGGCUAUCAGCCGAUGCAACUCAGUAGGAGGCCCCAAAGGAAGGCACUGGGUACUUGAUCCUGUUGAUGGAACAUUAGGGUUUGUGCGUGGGGAUCAAUAUGCUGUAGCUCUAGCCUUGAUUGAGGAUGGAAAAGCUGUUAUUGGGGUACUAGGGUGCCCUAAUUACCCAAUGAAAAAGGAAUUGCUCAAUUAUCAUUAUCAGUACCAUGAAGCCAUGUCAAAGUCGUCUCCACCUUCUCCUGAUAUAUGGGAAAGAGGUUGUGUGAUGUAUGCGAGAAAAGACAGUGGGGAGGCAUGGAUGCAGCCACCCAUCCAUGGAGAUAAGAAGUUUGAGUGGCCAAAUUCUGCUAAACUUAUUCGGGUUUCUUCCAUCGAUGACCCAGCACUGGCUACUAGUUGUGAACCUGUGGAGAAAGCAAAUUCAAACCACUCCUUCACAGAAGAGCUUGCUCACAGCGUAGGGCUAAGAAAGAAGCCCAUGCGUGUCUAUAGCAUGGUGAAAUAUGCAGCCAUAGCUCGGGGAGAUGCUGAGCUCUUCAUGAAGUUUGCAAGGACAGGGUACAAGGAGAAGAUAUGGGAUCAUGCUGCAGGUGUUGUCAUUGUAGAAGAGGCUGGGGGUGUGGUCACUGAUGCGGGAGGGCGGCCCCUGGACUUUUCAAAGGGACCAUACUUAGAAGGCCUUGAUAGAGGAAUAAUUGUUUGUUCUGGGGCCACACUGCAUGAGAAAAUCAUUGAUGCUGUUUAUGCCAGCUGGGACUCUUCUAAUUUAUGAGGCUUUCUGUACCGUGCCGAUAGAUUGUUGUGGUGGUAAAUUUGCAUAUUUGGUGAGGGCAAACGAAUUGCUGAGAAGGAUUCUUGACGGUGCACACCUGCAUUUUUGAAUUUGAUAGUAUUUGAUAAAUAUCAUGAGGUGUCUGGUAGGAUUAACUCUGGUCUGAGAAAACAUGCUAAUGCGAGGGUCAAGUUUACAGGGGAGUGUAUGGUUUCCAAUGUGCUCUAAUUCAAGAAAAUGGCACCAUUGUAAUUCUUCUCGAUAUUUAUCAGUGAAAUCUGCAACUGAAAAUUUUGCAA